CCAAAGUUGAAAAAUUACUGAAAUGGUUAUUAAAACAGGGAGAAAAUUUUCUCAUUCAGAUUUCAGAGAGAUAAAAAGCAAAGCAAAUCUUUGUUUCGUUCCUCUCUCGUCGCAACUGAAACGCUGAGAGAAGAGAAAACCAAUUUAGCGCUCUAACCAUUGAAUUCGAAAUAUACUUGGAAGCUGUUUUCUAUAUCUAUAUAAUUGGAUUGAAAGAAGAAGAAGAGAAAGAGCGAUGUGGAUGAAGAAGAAGAUGAAGCAGCAGCGCCGCUUCACCUUCUUCUCCUAUUGAUUUCUUCUUUUUGAUGGCCUCUUCUCAGCAUCGCUGCGUUUUCGUGGGGAAUAUACCAUAUGAUGCUACUGAGGAACAGCUUAUAGAAAUCUGCAGGGAGGUUGGCCCUGUCGUUUCUUUCAGACUGGUUAUUGAUAGAGAGACUGGCAAACCAAAAGGUUAUGGGUUCUGUGAAUACAAGGAUGAGGAGACAGCUCUAAGUGCUCGACGGAAUCUUCAAGGUUAUGAGAUCAAUGGCCGGCAAUUACGAGUUGAUUUUGCUGAAAAUGACAAAGGCUCUGAUCGAAAUCGAGAACAGGGUCGUGGUGGACCUGGACUGACAACAAAUGUUGUAGGAGGCCCGGCAGUCCUUGGGGAAUCUGUUCACCAACAGCCUAUUGGUCUCCAUUUAGCUAUAACUGCUGCAGCUCUCAUGGCUGGAGCUCUUGGUGGUGUGCAGGCUGGUCUGCAGCCUAAUCAAAAUGCUUUACCGAGUCAGCCAGUACCGGCCAGUGACCCUUUGACACUCCAUCUUGCCAAAAUGUCUCGGAGCCAGCUGAAUGAAAUUAUGUCUGAGCUGAAGAAAAUGGUUACACAAAAUAAGGAACUAGCUCGUGAGCUAUUGCUUACAAAACCUCAGUUGCUGAAAGCUAUUUUUCAGGCACAAAUAAUGCUAGGAAUGGUCCCCCCACAAGUGUUGCAAAUGCCAAACAUUCGGCAGCCUCCUGGUCAACCCACACAGAUUCCAUUUCAAGAUGGCCAGUAUAGUCAGCAGCUGACAGCACAAACUCUUCCUCAGAAGGUUCAGACAGGCUUGAUCCCUAAAGUACAAGAAGGUCAAAUAUCUGCUGUGCCUCUUAAGUCUUUAGCUCACAACCAAUUUUCUGCAACCCUGCAAUCAACUCUGCAGCCUCCGUCACAGCUUCCACAACAUUCCAGCAAUCAUGUUCUACCACCAGCUGCUGCACAUUCUGUAGUUCCCAAACUUCAUUCCGCAAACCCCUCUAUUAGACCACAAAUUCAGGUGGCAAAUUCCUCUUCUUUGAACCAGCAAAUGCAGCCAUCAUUGCCACACUCAGGACAGCUUGCAACUGCUAAUUUAAGUCACAGCACUCGGAUGAUUCUGCCAAAUGCAGUCAUGCCGUCAGCUGCUUUACCUCAUCCUUCCUUAUCAGAUGCUGGCUUCCAGCCAGGUUCCUCAACACCAGGCUUUGUAGAGAAAUCAAACCUGGUUUGCUGUCCUUCAGAAGCAAUAAUCCGACCUUCGAAAAUGUUGAAAUUAGAUGAUGGAAGGAGUAGUUCUUCCUCUGUAGGGGGUUUGAAUAUGUCUAAUGUAAGUGGAUCCAGAAUAUCGCAAACAUUUGCCAUUGAUUCAACGCUUGUCAGUCAAGUAUCGAGAGCAGAAGAGGUGCAAUAUGCCGAAAAGCAGAUUUCUCAGCCUCAAAUGGCAGAGGGUCAUCUCAGAGUUUCAAUGCAGGGAUUACAUAGGUUUUAUUGCAAAAGAAAUAUAGUUCCUUAAAUGAUACCUUUUUUUUUUAUUUUGUUCGUUGUUAGAGCUAGAUGUCUUUAUUGCCUUCUUGAUGUCUAUUUAAUCAUUUUGACAAUUUGCAGAAUUAUAAAAAUGAAGUGGUGAAUAAAAAAUUGCAUAUCGCAGACAUCUUGAUUAAGAAGUGAAUAUCCUCUUGCUUAUGAUAUGCAUGAAAAUGUUUAGGGUUAUAAUUUAGAUGUGGUCCUAUGUUAAACUAUUUUCAGUGAUCUCAUUGUUCCAUAGACUUGAAUCUAUGCUGUUUUAGUUGUGUCUAACGGAUGGGAAAGUGAAGCAUAUACUAGUUCAACUUGUUAUCAAAUGUAGAGUUUUUGAAGUACCUACUGUCUCUUUAAGACCAUCUAGUCUAGUCUGUUUUCUCUGGUUUUCAAAUGUAAAUUUUAUUGUCAGUUUCAUUUAACUGUAAAACUCUAUAUUUUUGGAGAGAUCUAGAAAUAGGCUAAGAAAAAAUGUCAGAGGGAUACUUUCUUGUGUCUUCUCUUAUUUUCUCUAUUGACCAAAUAAGAGAGACUAAGGAUUUCUUUCCAUAUCUGUUGCCUCAAAUACAUUUGAAGGUUACAGUAUGGUCUGUUGGGGACUUUGUAAAUGGUUGCAGUCUUCUUCAAGAGUAAGUUUAUAUGUUCAUAUCAGAUAUUCAUGAGGACAUGCACUAGUUAACAUCUCUACUCUCUUUUCUGUGGGAGGUUGGGAGAGCAAUGGUUGGACUAAGACAGGGUUUUCCAAUAAGUUUUCACUGUCAGGUGUAUCCAUAUGGUAGUGCACAUAAAUGGCUGAUCACAGAUAUAUGCUAAUAGUUUCAAUAUUGUAAACAAGAUUGCUAUGGUUGGCUCUGUUAGGUGAACUUUGAUUGAGUUAUUUGGGUGGUCAAAAAUUAGUAGUCAGGCUUUUAGAACUUGAAAAAUUCCUAAAAUGGUGGCGCUAGUCUAUCAAUAUGAUAGUUGAGUAUCUAUGUCAAAGUUGAACAAUCAGAAUUAUAAUUUUGAUCUUAUUUUCUUGUCUUAGAUUCCCUCCCCACCGUUAGAGUGCAUUUGGUUCGGAGGAAUCCACAAAUAUUCCUCAAAAAUCUUGAUGGUGGGUAUUUGUUUCUCAUGUUUGGUUCAGGGUAAUCCGAUUUCGAGGGAAAAUGUCAAAUUUCCAACAGUACCCAAAGUCUCAAAAUAAAAAACCCACCUCUCCCUGUGGUAUUCUAGGAUUCCGGGGAGAAAAGUUUUCUUAUUUUCAAAUUUGACCUGAAUAAAAAAUUGAUCACAUAGCCAUUACCCUUUUGAAAAGCAAGUUUGGAAGUGAUUGGCACUCAGUUGUAGAUUUUUUUUAUAAACA